GCAAUUCGAAUAUCAUGAAUAUGGCAGCCGACGGCCAGGAAACCCACCAUUCUGGUGCAUUCAAACAGUCAAAUAAAAAACAUAAACACGGUCAACAUAAAUCGAAGGGUGAAUUAAGCAAGGAACAGAAAGGCCGUGUGUCGAUAAAAACCCUCAGUAAAAAGGGAAAGAUCGCCCUGAGCCGUCAAGAGAGAAGGAACCAGGCACAGCAACAUAGGAGGCUGAAGAGAGACGAAGCGCUGAAUAAAAAGAGGAGCAGAGGUGGUACUGACAGCCCUCCUUUCUUAGUUGUUGUAAUCCCUCUAUGUGAUGGCUUGGACACCAAUGAAGUGAUUGCUCUACUGAAUGGCUGCGAUGGUGCUGCUACAACUAUCACUAAUGCAUUGGGAAUAUCUCACCUCAGUGUUCCAAGGUUCAAGCAGAGAUUCUCCUUCACAGCGCCUCCUUCUGGUGAUCUGUAUGCCAUGUUGGAUGCAGCAAAGGUGGCUGACUUUCUGUUGUUCCUACACUCGCCAAGUGAGGGCAUGGAUAGUUAUGGCGAGUACUGCCUUUCUUGUCUGUUUGCCCAGGGUCUCCCUGCUUGUGUUCACGCUGUGCAUGGCCUCAAAGAUUUACCACUGAAGAAACAUACGGAGAUCAAGAAGUUGCUACAGAAGUGUAUUGAAAAGAGAUUCCCCAAAGACAAAGUUCACAACCUUGACACAGACCAAGAAGGCAUUCUCGUUCUCCGCCAACUCGGCAGUCUGAAAAUGGCCCCACUUUAUUUACGUGAUAAGCGACCGCACAUGCUAGCAGAGGAGGUCACUUCUGAACCAACCGAGAAUUCGGACCUAGUUACAUUGAAAGUGAGUGGCUUUGUCCGAGGUCAGGCAUUAUCAGUGAAUGGUCUCGUGCAUAUCCCGGGGUGGGGAGACUUUCAAAUGUCCCAGAUAGAUGCUCCAGAUGACCCCUACCCCCUCAAUGACAGCAAGAAGAAAGGAAAGACAGCUAUGGAUGUUGAAAUGAGCGAGUUUGGAGAAAGCAGCAUUCGUGUGUUAGAACGAGCUGAUCGUGGCCAACAGGAGUCGUUACAGUGUGAGGUGAUCCCAGAUCCUAUGGAGGGGGAACAAACAUGGCCUACGGAGGAGGAACUGGCAGAAGCUGAUGCUGCCCAGAAAAACAAGGCUGUUGUGAAACGAGUACCAAAAGGCACGUCAGAGUACCAAGCCGCCUGGAUUGUUGAUAGUGGAGACGAAAAUGAGGAUGAUGACGAUGAUGACGAUGAUGACGAUGAAGCAGAUGAUGCAAUGGAAGCAGAAGAAGAGGGUUCUGAGUCGGAGGAUGAGGAGAUUCAUGAAGAUGAUGAGGAAUUUGUAACAAUGACCGUGACAGAUGGUGGUGAUGUGACAAAAUAUGACGCUGCCUUUGACAUCGAGGAGGAAGAUAAACUGCUUUCAAAGUACAAGGAGUCUAGAAUAGAUGAAAUGUUCCCUGAUGAAGUUGACACACCAAAAGAUGUGCCAGCAAAGGACAGGUUUGCCAGAUACCGUGGACUGAAGAGCUUCCGUACGUCACCCUGGGAUCCGAAGGAGAACUUGCCAGCGGAUUACGCCCGGAUCUUCCAGUUUGAUGACUUCAGACGAAUGAAGAAGAAGAUUCUGGCUGAAGAGAUGGAAGAUGGAGCAAUGCCUGGUUGGUAUGUCACCCUUCACAUUGAAAAUGUGCCCAGGGCUAUUCUUGACACAAUCAAACCGAACCACCCCCUGGUGGUGUACGGUCUCCGACCCCACGAACAGAAGAUGUCUAUUCUACACCUUGUCAUGAAACGUCUGCCCAGCAACAGACAGCCAAUCAAGUCAAAGGAGAGAAUGAUCUUCCAUGUAGGGUAUCGCCGAUUUGCUGCGUGUCCAAUCUAUUCCCAGCACACCAACGCUGGUAAACAUAAGUUUGAGCGGUUCCUGCGUAACGAUGGGGCUUAUGUGGCGACCAUUUAUGCUCCGAUCAUCUUCCCACCAGCGUCUGUCAUGAUGUUCAAAGAAAACAUGGAUGGAAGCCAAGACUUUGUUGCCUCUGGCUCUGUUCUUAGUGUUAAUCCAGCUCGUAUCAUUGCUAAGAGGAUUGUUCUCAGUGGUCAUCCAUUCAAAAUCAACAAGAAAAUGGCUGUGGUUCGCUACAUGUUCUUCAAUAGGGAGGAUAUCCUAUGGUUCAAGCCGGUCGAGUUACGCACCAAGUACGGACGAAGAGGACACAUCAGGGAGCCACUGGGUACCCACGGUCAUAUGAAAUGUGUCUUUGACAGCCAGCUGAAAUCUCAGGAUACAGUUCUGAUGAUGUUGUACAAGAGGAUGUAUCCAAAAUGGACGUACGAUCCUCAUGUGUUGCCCCCACCAUUGUCAACGACAGCCCCAGUCGUCAUGGAGAUGGAUACAGGCCUUGACAUCUUUGAUGACUAGACCUGGGGGUAUAUUCAAAGAAGAUCUUCGUCACAGAUGUGAUGUGCUGUUUUUAAAGAUGAGCUUAACACUGUCACAAAAUAUGUUUGGAGGAGUUUUGUAAUGACUAGAUCUUAUGAAGAUACUGGUGCAAUCAGUAUUUUAUGCCUAUCGUUGUGAAUUUCUAAGUGAACCUUGGUGUGAUUUUAACUGGAUUAGGUCUGUGAAAUCUCCUCAGUGCAUCUGUUGACUAGGAUGCCCACAGGAAGAAUGGCCACAAAUUUCAAUCCUCAUCACACGUUAGUGGUGGCCUCCCCUGUUCUGGUCAAAUAGCUGGUCUCUUGUGUGUCCUGGGGUCACGUUCAAAGGUUGCUUGUGAUAUCAUGUCAGAUAAACUAGGAUUAUACUAAAAUAUUUUAUUGUUUCCUGAAUGAAAUGAUUGUUAAAUACCAAGGAACAUUAGUGAAAGAGAGCUCAUGAGAGUGGGCAGGUGUUGCUAA